UCCAGACUUUUUUAUAUACUCCGACUAGAAACCCUAAUCCAGAUUCUGCGUACCAUCGAGCGAGGAACCUCUUCGAAAGGAAAACAAGGUGACACGAAGAAAGUUGAAAUGGCUGGAAUCGGACCACUUUCACAGGAUUGGGAACCAGUGGUCAUCAGGAAGAAGGCACCCAAUGCCGCCGCAAAGAAGGACGAGAAAGCUGUUAAUGCCGCACGGCGAGCCGGGGCAGAGAUUGAAACCAUAAAGAAAUCUGCUGCCGGGUCAAACAAAUCUGCCUCUAGCAGUACUAGUUUAAAUACUAGGAAGCUUGACGAAGAGACUGAGAACCUUUCUCAUGAUCGUGUCCCAACUGAGCUGAAGAAAGCAAUUAUGCAUGCUCGAAUGGAGAAGAAGCUUACACAGUCUCAGCUUGCUCAACUAAUUAACGAGAAGCCUCAAGUUAUCCAGGAGUACGAAUCUGGAAAAGCUAUUCCAAAUCAACAAAUAAUAACCAAACUUGAGAGAGCUCUUGGAGCAAAACUGCGUGGGAAGAAAUAAAGAGAUCAAGAUGUAAAAAAGUUAAGUAUGAGUUCUGCAUAAGCUUUUGUUUGAACCAUGCGCAAAAAUUCAUACCCUAUCGUGGUUUCAAUGUGUAAUUAUAUUCGACCAACCUCCUAUGCCUGUAUAACACUGUUGCAGUGUCUUGGUAAGUUCUUACCUGGAACUAAAUAAAAAUAUCAUGUCUGUCGUGUUGCGUCAGUUUCCAGAUGUUUUGGCUGCACUUUUCACAUCAGAAGUUGGCAUUAUUUGAAUUAAA